GGGUUCGUGCCCGGCCGAUGGCUAAGAUGGCGACUCCCAUGCAUCGUUUGAUUGCUCGGAGACAAGCAGAGGCAAAUAAACAACAUGUAAGGUGUCAGAAAUGUUUGGAAUUUGGACACUGGACAUAUGAAUGUACAGGGAAAAGAAAAUAUCUGUAUAGACCAUCACGGACAGCAGAAUUUAAAAAAGCACUUAAAGAAAAAGAGAACCAGCUACUACAACAAAGUUCCGGAGAAUGUACUACAGAUAAAAAGAGCAAGAAAAAAAGGUCUAAAAGUGUGACAAGUUCCAGCAGCGGCAGCAGCAUCACCUCAGCUAGCGAGUCUUCAUCAGAGAGCGAUGACUCCUCCUCCUCCUCCUCGUCAGAUGACAGUGAUAGUGAUGAAAGCACAUCCAGUUCUUCGUCUUCUCCAUCAUCCAGUAGUUCUUCUAGUUCUUCUGACUUUGAAACAGAGUCAAGUUCUUCCAGCAGCAGCAGCAGCAGCAGCACAGACAGCAGCACAGACGAUGAACCACCAAAGAAAAAGAAGAAGAACAAUUUAGUGCGAUGCUAGGACUAUGGUGGCAGUAAAAAAAUAACUCGCGUCGAAAAUGCAUAAUGGCCAAACUAAACUAACCGGUUGUCUGUUUUUACAGUUGUAAAACGGUAUUUGUUUUUACAUAGUAGUUGAUAGGCCAUACGCUGUUAAAUGGCAAGUAAUACUUACUGAAAGAGUAUUUUUGUGGAUUACUGUUUAAUAGGGAAUGCUACCUUUUUUCUUAAU